AUGGUUUCCGCAACUCUCCUCUUCGCAGCCGGCCACACUCUCCAGUCCGACACCAACUACUCCCAGUGGCAGUAUCCUUGCGCCGGCGUCCCCGCCGCCACCUCCACCUCCGGCAACCGCACCGACUGGCCCCUCAAGGGAGGUAGCAUCAAGCUGGACCUGCACCACCCGUGGGAGUACGUCUUCGUCAACCUCGGUCUAGGCGGCAACGUGACCAACUUCAACUAUACCCUCACGGGUCCCACCUUCUGGAACGUCACUGGAGCGGGUACGCUUUGCGUUGACCUGCCGCUUCCCGAGGGCUUGAACCCAUCGGAUGGCCAGGAGGGUAGUAUCCAGGUUGUCACGGUCGGAGAGAGUGGCAGUGCUUUGUAUAACUGCGCCGAUAUCACCUUCCGCGCCAACGCCACGGCGCUGUCGAAGGAUGAGUGCAAGACUGAUGAGAAGGUGUCGUUUGCUCAGAUCAAGGAGCAGAGUGGUAAUAGCACCGAUGACGGCGCGAGCGCGGACGAUGCAAAGAGCGGUGCCUCGAUCGUUGGACUGAACAAUGUUGCGCUCACCGCUGUUGUGGGUAUGGCACUGAGCUUUGUGACUGGUAUGGUGCUGUAA